AUGGCUCUCAUUACUUUGGCCGCCGUCGCUGCUGCCGUUGCGUUUCCUGGCCUCGCUGCUGCGACCAAGACUCCUGCUGGUGUCAUUUCCGUCCCGUUAUCUCGCGAUGACGGCCUGACGGCAUACUAUGCCAAGCUACAGGUUGGCACACCGCCGCAGACAGAGUAUCUCAAGAUCGACACGGGCAGCCCGCGAUAUUCUUUCCUCGACUCUCGUAAUGAGGUAUGCAAAAAGCAGGGAAAUAGUUGCAAAACGUUUGGCACCUUCAACAACAAAACAUCCAAAACAUCCCGCUACGACGGUACUGGCUUCGCCGACGCCCUGGGCUACGUUGAUCGAGGCGAUUAUCUGAGCGACACUGUUGUUAUCGGCGGUGUUUCAACCAAGAACAUCUUCCCUGACAAAGUCACUGGUGAUAUAUAUACUAUUCUCGGCCUGUCAUUGGAGUGCGAGUACGCCGGUCCCAAAUGUACUGACAGGUUCUCGUCGUACUUCCUGCCGGAGCUCAAGAAUGCUUCCAAGAUCAACUAUCUCGCUUCAAGUCUCUACCUUGGACCUGAUGACAAGGAGGCCGCCAACGCGAGGAUGCUCCUCGGUGGCGCCUACGACAAGGCCAAGAUUGAGGGCAACCUUAUCACAGUGCCCAUGGUCGACCCCUUCAAUGCCGACCUCAGCGGUGGCCAGACCAACUCGGUUGAUGUCACGUCUUUAGAAAUCGUCCUCACCAAGGGCAACAACCGAACCAAGGAAACUUACGGCAAAAAGGGCGUUGGUCUCCCUGUUCUGCUGCAGACAGGCGUCGCGAAUUGGUACGUCACCGACAAGACUAUUGGUCCUAUAUCCAGCGCUUUCGGUCUCGCCAAGGAACCUGACUUUGGUCAACGAUACUUUGUCGUCGAUUGCAAGUACGGUGACUCCAAGCGCAACGACGGUUACAUCGCUGUUGAGUUUGGUUUCCAUGGCACAAUCAAGGUUCCGUUUCACGGCUUGGUAUCGAAGUUCCCUGAUGACACCUGUGGAGUGUUCCUCGCUUCUCGGGGUUACCCCAUGUGCAUCUUUGGUGACCCUUUCCUGCGCAACGUAUACAGCAUCUUUGACCAGGAGAAAUUUUCUAUCUCGAUGGGCAAAGUGAAGCAUACAGCUGAGGAGAAUAUUGUGCCUUUUCCCAAAGGAGGCUUCAAACCGACUCAUUACUGA